AUGGCGCUGCACUCAAUGCGGAAGGCGCGUGAGUGCUGGAACCUCAUCCGGGCACUUCAUCAAGGACCCGAAGCUGCUCUCGCUCCCCAGAAAGAUGCCGUGAAGCGAGUAUUCUCUGGCAUUCAGCCUACAGGAAUCCCCCACCUGGGCAAUUACCUGGGAGCCAUUGAGAGCUGGGUGAAAUUACAGGAUGAGCAUGGCUCCGUGCUUUACAGCAUCGCUGACCUACACUCCAUCACUGUACCCCAAGACCCAGCCGUCCUCCGACAGAGCAUCUUGGACAUGACUGCAGUUCUUCUUGCCUGUGGCAUAAACCCAGAGAAGAGCAUCCUUUUCCAACAAUCUCAGGUGUCUGAACACACGCAAUUAAGUUGGAUCCUUACCUGCAUGAUCAGACUGCCCCGAUUACAACAUUUACACCAGUGGAAGGCAAAGACUGAUAAGGAGAAGCAGGAUGGAACCAUGGGGCUGCUCACGUACCCAGUGCUCCAGGCAGCUGACAUUCUGCUGUACAAGUCCACACAUGUUCCUGUUGGGGAGGAUCAAGUCCAGCACAUGGAGCUAGUUCAAGAUCUAGCACAAAGGUUUAACAAGAAGUAUGGGGAGUUCUUCCCAGUGCCCAAGUCCAUUCUGACAUCAAUGAAGAAGGUAAAAUCCCUGCGUGAUCCCUCUGCCAAGAUGUCGAAAUCAGACCCGGAUAAACUAGCUGCUGUCAGAAUAACAGACAGCCCGGAGGAGAUCGUGCAGAAGUUCCGCAAGGCUGUGACGGACUUCACCUCGGAGGUCACCUACGACCCGGCCAGGCGAGGAGGCGUGUCCAACUUGGUGGCCAUCCACGCGGCAGUGACCGGACUCCCGGUGGAGGAGGUGGUCCGCCGAAGUGCUGGCAUCAACACCGCUGGCUACAAGCUGGUGGUGGCGGAGGCUGUGAUUGAGAGAUUUGCACCAAUUAAGAGUGAAAUUGAAAAACUGAAGAGGAAUAAGGACCACCUAGAGAAGGUUUUACAAGUUGGGUCGGCAAAAGCCAAAGAAUUAGCAUAUCCCGUGUGCCAGGAGGUGAAGAAAUUGGUGGGGUUUCUAUAG